AACUCCAUUUUGGUUUCUGUGGUUCUUUCAUGACAGGAUUGGAGAGAUGACUCAAUACUUAAAACUACCAUUGCUUCAGAGGUCUGGUUCAAUUUCCAGCACCCUGCCUCACAACUACCUUUAACUUAAGCUCCAAAAGAUCUGGUCUCUGAGAGCUAGGCACAUAUGUGGUUCACAUAUAUGCAGACAAAACAAACAUGUACAUAAAAAUUAAAAGAUAAAACUUAAAAAAGACAAUUACAUGUCAAACAGUAAUGGUUACUUAUUUUUAGUUUCUUUUUCCUUUUUCAGAUGCGGAUAGGCAUUCAUUCAGGCUCUGUGCUAGCUGGUGUGGUCGGAGUGAGAAUGCCACGAUAUUGUCUUUUUGGAAAUAAUGUCACUCUGGCAAGCAAAUUUGAAUCUGGAAGUCAUCCUAGGCGCAUCAACAUCAGCCCAACUACUUACCAAUUACUAAAACGAGAAGACAGUUUCACAUUUAUUCCUCGUUCUCGUGAAGAACUUCCAGACAACUUUCCAAAGGAAAUCCCUGGGGUCUGCUAUUUCCUGGAGUUAAGGACUGGCCCAAAGCCACCAAAGCCAUCCCUGUCUUCAUCGAGAAUAAAAAAGGUUUCCUACAAUAUUGGCACGAUGUUCCUCCGGGAAACAAGCCUCUGAAAUUUGCUGCAGAUCAGAGACUCCUCCAAAAAGCACAAGCCCAGAAAUUGGUCUUGAUGAGGAAGGAAGAAGCUAUUUCUCUUCGGAUGCUCCCUGUAAGAACAUAUAGUAGUUUUUGCGUUUAUGUCCGCAAUAAUCCUUGAAAUGGUGAAUGACUGCUGUCAAUUAAAAAAAAAAAAGCUGAAUGGUAGAAGGGAAAAGUAAAAUGUGUCCAUUUCAUAUGAGUGUUUCUGAUCAUAUAUAUUUUAUUUAAAAGUAAAAGCAAUCAAAAGUAACCGAUCUGUAGAGCCACAGUUUCUUGUCCGUCAGCCAUGCAGGUUUCUCUCCCUAUAUAUUUGUACCACUUUUGAAAGCCAGUUUUAAAUAUGUCUUCCUACAUUUACUGAAUUGAUAGGUAAGGAAUAUUUCUCUAAUUUUCUUUUCCUGAA